CAAGGUCAAAUGAUACACCCACACACCCACGUGGAGUGAAAGACAAGUAAACAAAAGAUGUCCCUUUGUAUGGUUUACCGAGUGUUUGCGAGACCUCCAGCACUGUACUACUACAGUCGACUGCUCUCCACUGGCUCGGCUGCUCUACCAGAACAGAGCCAGGAUAAACUGCAGCUGUUUGGCAAGCUAUACGACAAGGACCCAGUGACUAAUGUCACCCCUCACAUCCUCCGCCAUGUUGGGCGUAACCUGCAUAGGGUGUCAAAGCAUCCGUUGUGCAUCAUCAAAGAGCGUGUUGUACAUCACUUCCACACGACGUAUGUCAACAGAGUUGGCAAUGCAUUGUAUGCUCAUUUUGACGAUGUUCCACCAGUCGUUUCAACAGAACAAAAUUUCGACAGUUUAUUAGUUGCCCCAGAUCAUGUUACGCGUAGCAAGAAAGAUAAUUACUAUAUCAACAGGGACACACUCCUGCGAGCCCACACCUCUGCCCACCAACGAGAUUUCAUCAAGAUGGGAUUUGAUAGGUUCCUAGUGAGCGGUGAUGUGUAUCGGAGGGACACUAUCGACUCUUGUCACUAUCCUGUUUUUCAUCAGAUGGAGGGGGUUCGAUUGUUCACGGGCGACGAAUUAUUCCGUAAUGAAAAUCUUGGCCUGAAACUGUUUGAGAAAGAUUCUGAAGAGACUGGUGAGAAACAGAGGGGCCACUCUAUCGAUGCUGUGAAGAUGAUGGAGAUCAACUUGAAAGAGACGCUCGAUAAUCUAAUGAGGAGUUUGUUUGGUACUGAUAUUCAGACUCGUUGGAAUGCGUGUUAUUUUCCUUUCACACAUCCGUCAUUUGAAUUGGAGAUCAAGUUUCAAGGAGAGUGGCUUGAAGUGCUGGGGUCAGGGGUCAUGAGACAGCCGAUAUUGGACAAAGGUGGAGCCAGUGAUAAAGUGGGAUGGGCCUUUGGUCUUGGUCUGGACCGACUAGCAAUGCUGUUGUUUGGUAUUCCUGAUAUUCGAUUGUUUUGGAGCAAAGAUGAGAGAUUUAUUGAUCAGUUCAAAUCUGUUGGUAUCAGCUUGGACACGAAUGUGCAGUACACACCGUUUAGUGUGUUUCCACCGUCAUACAAAGAUCUGUCGUUUUGGUUGCCCAAGACUGGAUUCAGUGAAAACGAUUUCCACGAGAUUGUGAGGAGUGUGGGCGGUGGACUUGUGGAAGAAGUGGAGCUGGUGGAUGCAUUCACCCACCCACACACUAACAGAGUGAGCCAUUGCUAUAGACUGACCUACAGAGCAAUGGACAGGACAUUCACUAACAGAGAGGUCAACGAAAUUAUGGAAAAACUGAGACAAGAAGUUCAGGACACUUUAGGAGUUAAUGUUAGGUAAUUAUUAUUGUAUAGUGAACAUUGAACAACACUCUAGCUAGCUAGAAUCCUCAUGUUAAUCUUUCUUGUCUUUGGCACUUGUUGAUGUUGGAAUUUUGUACUGUAAUGGGAAAA